GGUUGUCACGCUCAAGCCCACACCCAGUAGGCCUACUACAAAACGUGUCCUCGCUGCAGACAGCUUCAUUCGCAACCUUGAACUGGAGAGAAAAACAGAGGCGCGCUAUCGGUAAAAGGCAUUGGAAUGAACAGAAGCAUAUCGGCGCUUUUAUUUCUGUCUCUAGGCAUUAUAUUUGUCUGCGAAGGAGGCAACCCUUGCUGCUCACAGCCAUGCCAGAACCGUGGCGUGUGUACGGCCAUGGGCGCCGACGACUAUGAGUGCGAUUGCACACGCACGGGAUUUUAUGGCCACAACUGCACACAACCUACAUUAUUCACGUGGAUUAAAGUGUCUCUGAAGCCAACCCCGAACACAGUGCAUUACCUCCUCACCCACUACAAGGGGCUCUGGAACAUCAUCAACAGCGUAUCAUUCCUCAGGGAUGCUAUCAUGAGAUAUGUUCUGACAUCUCGCUCUCAUCUGAUUGACAGCCCCCCGACUUUCAAUACAGACUAUGAUUAUAAAAGCUGGGAAGCCUACUCAAAUCUCUCCUACUACACACGCACGCUCCCUCCUCUGCCCAAGGAUUGCCCAACUCCUAUGGGAGUCGUAGGUAAGAAGGAGCUGCCUAAUGCUGAGAUGCUGGCAAAGAAGCUCCUGAUCAGGAGGAAGUUUAUCCCAGACCCUCAGGGCUCCAGUCUGAUGUUUGCCUUCUUUGCCCAACACUUCACCCACCAGUUCUUCAAAUCCGACCAGAAGAUGGGGCCGGCCUUCACUAAAGCCAAGGGCCACGGGGUGGACCUGGGUCACAUUUACGGUGAUAACCUUGAGAGGCAACACAAACUGCGGCUCUUCAAGGAUGGCAAGCUGAAGUUUCAGGUGUUGGAGGGUGAGGUGUACCCACCUACAGUGAAGGAGGUAGGGGCGGAUAUGCACUACCCUCCCCAUGUCCCUGAGUCUCACCGCUUCGCUGUGGGCCAUGAGGCAUUCGGCCUGGUGCCUGGUCUUAUGAUGUAUGCUACCAUCUGGCUGAGAGAACACAACCGAGUCUGUGAUGUCCUGAAGGAGGUACAUCCGGACUGGGAUGAUGAUAGGCUCUUCCAGACAUCUCGCCUCAUUCUCAUUGGUGAGACCAUCAAAAUUGUGAUCGAGGACUACGUGCAGCACCUGAGCGGCUACCACUUCAAGCUGAAGUUCGACCCAGAGCUUCUCUUCAAAGAGCGUUUCCAGUAUCAGAACCGCAUCGCAUCAGAGUUCAACACCCUGUACCACUGGCACCCACUGAUGCCCGACGCCUUCCACAUCCAGGAGCAGGUCUACUCCUACCCACAGUUUGUCUUCAACACCUCUGUGGUCACCACACAUGGAAUCACCAACCUGGUGGAGUCCUUCACCAAGCAGAUUGCUGGAAGGGUUGCUGGAGGUCGUAAUGUCCCCCCUGCAGUGCUAAUGGUGGCUCUGAAGUCCAUAGAGAACAGCAGACAGAUGCGCUACCAGUCCCUUAACGCCUACAGGAAACGCUUCUCCAUGACGCCAUACAUCUCCUUCGAAGACCUCACAGGGGAUAAGGAGAUGGCUGCAGAGCUGGAGGAGAUGUAUGGGCAUGUGGAUGCUGUGGAGCUCUACCCAGGCCUGCUGGUGGAGAAGCCAAGAACCAAUGCCAUCUUUGGGGAGACCAUGGUGGAGAUGGGCGCCCCCUACUCCUUGAAAGGCCUGAUGGGAAACCCCAUUUGUUCGCCAGAGUACUGGAAGCCCAGCACCUUCGGUGGGAGCAUCGGCUUUAACAUCAUCAACACAGCGUCCCUACAGAGUCUGGUGUGCAGCAACAUCAAGGGCCCCUGCCCUUUGGCAUCCUUUCAUGUGCCCGACGUAAAAGACAAUGGAUCCAAUGUCAUUAAUUCCAGUACGGUACAUUCGGGAAGUAACGAUCGCAACCCCACAGUACUUCUAAGAGAAAGGACCACUGAGCUCUAAGACAAUUAAGCAUUUAAAUGUAUAAGCAUUUCAUGUAUUUAUUUAUGUUAAUAUUUAUUUAAUUUAUUGUAUUCUGGAAGUGUUAUUGAGAAAUGUUGUUGAGAACAUUUUUUGUAAUGUCUCAUUGUUUUGACAUGACUUUUGUAAGUUUAAAGAAAACCAAUCCUUACGUUUGGCUUAUUUUUAUUCUAAGAGCUAAUUUAAUGUAUUAUGUAAUUUUAUUGACCUCAGAAAUAGCACUAGCAAUAUUGUGUUUGUUUGUCAUUUUACUUUGUUUAACAACUGAUACUUGAAUUCAACACGUUUGGUUGACAACAUGACUCUAACAUUCCUUCUUAGCUGCAUGUUACAAUGUUACAUUCCACCUAACUUACAGCUGCUUCUCCACUUAUCGUGCAAGGGAAAAGAUAGCUAGGUAUGUAAAGUCCAUUGUACUGUGAUACUGUAACCCUUAAAGUAUUUUCUUUGUGUAUUUUUAUUCUUGAGCUGACUCCUUAUUGUUCAAAUAAAACACUGUCUAUAAUGAAA